AGAGUUUGUUUUCUUUAAUUUUCGAACAAUAUAUCAUUCUUUUUGUAUUGCUGGCCUAUAUUCUGAGAUACUAAAUUUAAUAAUCAUAAAUACUAGCUACUUUUUCACUACUUACCAGUAGUGUUUUAGAGUGUUAGUUUUAGUAAACUAACGUAGCAUCGUUUCUGAUGAGUAAGUUAUCCUCUACCAAUCUAAUCUAGACUGUGUUAGAUCAAAACUCUAAUUUCCCUGCAUCAAGUCUGUCCUUAUUACCUCCUCCUACUAAGUCUUUCUCGAUCUGCCCAGGAACUAGUCUUCUCAUCUGGAGAUAAUAAUAAUAAUAAUAAUAAUAAAUAUUUAAAGUGGCUAGCCCAGAAAAUCACAAAAACCUAUAGAUAGUGGAUUGUUUCCACUGGGGGCCACUAGAACAAAAAAGAAACAAAAAAUGAUAAACCUUAGACUGCCUCAGCUCAAUCAAACAUAGUAACAUUUAUAAUCUGUGAAAAUUGAAAAGAAAAAGAAUAAAAAACAAAAAUUAAAAAAUUCAAAAGUGAUCUCCAUUAGAAUUUGCCAAAUACAUUAGAGAUGGAAGUCUUAAACGAAAGCAGACUUCCAUCACAGGUCAGUACUUAUAUUUUCGUCUUUAUAGCAACUACAAAUAAAUGAAAUAUUGCCACUAGUUAAAUGUUAUAAAUUGUUAUAAAUAUAUACACACAAAGCAAAAUGUCGUAAAAUUAUGUGGAUGAUACAACAAGCUGACAUGGAGAAUGUAAUAUUAGUUGAUGGUAGUGAUGUGGAUAUUGUGUCCUUUGAUGACAGUGAACAAUUUGAGGAGGAAGAUUCCGUAUGUUCUUGGAUCUCUGACUCUGAUCAGGUUUUAAAUUGGGCUGGUUGGAAGUGUCCAUCGCCUAAUCCUGUUGAGAAAGAAAAAGAUAUAUGUAACAGAAAACAUGAGCUUUUAUCACUGAUUGAAAUAAGUGCAAGAUCUGUUGCAAGGAAUUAUCCAUUUGAGAUUGUUGAGCAUUAUACACCACCCAUUCCUGAAGGUCUACAACGAAGAAUUGCAUUUUGGUCUUUUCCUGAAAAUGAAGAGGAGAUACGUUUGUAUUCCUGCUUAGCAUGUGGUUCAAAUGACAAGUUCAAACUUGGUGAUGUCUUAGCAAAAUCUGGCAAUGUGAAAGAUGUCCUUCAAAUAGGUUUUCACUUAAAUGGUGUUGUGACACAGCCUGUGUCACACACACCAGCAAAGCAAGUAUAUAAUGUUGCAAUUACAUUUGACAGAGGGCACAUUACUUCUUGUCAUUGUUCUUGUCGAGAUUCAGCUACAUGGUGUGAGCAUGCUACUGCUGUGUGUCUAUAUCGAAUCUUUAAUAAAAGUGAAGUAUCACUUCGAGCCCCUGUGUCUGAGUCAUUGACACGCCUAGAACGAGAUCAGUUGCAAAAGUUUGCACAAUACCUCAUCACUGAGCUUCCACAACAGAUUUUACCAACAGCGCAACGUCUUCUUGACGAACUUCUGUCUUCAAAAGAAUCUGCCAUUAAUUUACUUGAUGGAGCACCAGACCCGACAGCAGGUGCAUCACUGUCUGAGAAUGCCAAAUGGGUUCUUGAUGAGAUCUCUUUACGAGAAAAUAUUAAGAAAAUUCUUGGGCGAUUUUGUGGAGGAGCGCCGUUAGUUGUUGUUGAUAUCAAUUCAACAUUUUUGACAUCUGCACCACCAGUAUCUCUGGAAUGGUCUAAUUUUGUGCGAUCAUUUCAAAGUCAUGAUCCAGAACCUAUGUGGAACUUGUUAUCCAUUGUACGCCAUAUGUUUGCUAAAGGUGAUCAAAAUGCAUCGAACCUGUUAAACAUUAUAACAGAGGAAUGUUUGAACUGCAUUCAAAUGAUUUUAUAUUGGAAAUCUACAUACAACAACAUGUCUAGAAGUCAUGCUUCAAGACAACGAGCAGGUUUCAACAUGGAUAGCGUACAAGGCUUACAUUCAUCUGCCCAUCACAUUUGUCGUUACGCCUCUGCCCACCUAAUGGAAGAAAUUGUGCUUCUAUGGGAGCUGGCCGUCAUGGUGCCAUAUUUGCCUGCUGAAGAAAAGUUAAAUAUGAAGUACCAGUUGCAAGUUUGGAAUCAUCAAAUCGAAACUGCAGCCAUAAAGAAUGAUCGUAACCAGCAAUCAGCAGCAGGACAAACACGUGAGGAGGAGAGUCUUACAAAAGCAUUCACUGGAUUCAAUCAAGCUGUAGCAGCUUGUGAUGUAGAUUGGGAUAUUUACUAUGAGCAACUGACUAUAUUUGACAAAUCAAACAAGGAAUUGUCAAUAAUGGCAAGGUCGGCAAAAUAUGACGAUGUCAGUGGCGUCAAUAUUGAAAAAAUGUACAAUGACGUCACUUCAGCGUUGCCAGCCAACAUGGACGAAUUCCAAGUCGUUAAUAAACUUACGCAAGCUAUGUGUUGCCAUGGUUUCGUCACCAAGGCUUCAAAGCUAGCUUCGAUAUUGGCUAAGAAAAUAAUUUUCUCCUAUCCGGAUAAAGUUCAAUCAGGCGUCAUUAAUUUUUCCUUCAUCACAGAAAAAGCAAAUAACCUUUGUGAAAUGGUCAUGAAAAGUCCUGGGAACGAGACUGUCGCAUUUGAACUGGCCAUUUUGGGGUUAACCGUGCCUCGCUUGCCCGCGCAAACCAACAACGAAGAAGUUAAGUUAAGCUGUCUAGAAAUGUCACUGUAUGAAAAACUAAAGAACAUUCGAAUAACAGACGAGCGAUUGGCAUUCAUUCGAUAUCAAGCUAAAAAGAUGUUAGCCAACCCAAUGUUGCGUGGAGACAGUGUGCUAGCCCUUAUUAUGGCUACGUUUACCUUUGAAGUUUUAUGUGGUGUACAGGUGUCUUCUACAGUUUUGCAUGGAAACGUAUAUCAAUUUGCUGACGCGUGCAAGAAAUAUGAAGAAGACGAAAUACUAGGCUAUCAAUGUGCUUUGGUCUCUUUAGGUCUAUCGAGUAACGCGGUAGAUCAAAAACAGCCAAUGCUAUGUGAGAGCAUCCGUCACCACCGCAGAGACUUAGCUCUUGCCUUGCUUACCCAUGCCCGAACUGAAGAUAAAAGAGUUGAAGAAGUUUUAACUGUCUUACUUGAUAAAGAACGCUACCCCUUCAUGUCGUCGACACAUAACACUGGAUCGUGGGUUGCUGUGCAAGACAAUACAAGAACCAAACAUCGAGGUAACGAUAAUCAACCAAAAAAAUUCGGGUUCACUUUCGCAGAUAUUAGAGCUAACGUACCGCCGCCGAGUGGAAGAUCUCAAGAAAGGCCUGCAAAUCAAAAGUUGUCGAGCGACAGUGAUAGUGGUCAUGGUGACGGAGGCGACAAAAGAUCCACCGUCAGAAACUUACCUGCUCCCAUGGCAACCAGUCGCAAAAAUCAGCGACGCCAUUCAAGGCAAAAUGGUUCAAAGAAUAAGAAUGAGAAAAGUCGACCUUGGGUAAAGCAUAACAAAACAAAUCGCACUCGAAAGCAAUCAAAAGCAAAGCCGUCGCGAGAAUUGACCGAAUCGGAUUCGGGACAGGAAAUGCACUUUUCAUUUGAAGGUGACGGAUGGAGUGCUCCAGUAGAGGAUUGGGACGCAGAAGUAGAUAACAACCCGUCGCAACCGCCAAAUCCGGCGUUUGAUACUGUCACAACCGGUGCAUUGUCUAAAGAUGCUGAAAUUUCCGCCUGCGCGAAGCAAUCUCUUGGAAACAUUUCAUCAAGUACACUGGAAAAUGAAGAUUGUGAGGAAAAUAACAGUUUGCAGCUGAUUCCGAAGAGUGAGAUAUCAGACGGCACAAGUGGUGGUGGUUCAUCGGUUAGCAGCAACGAAAAUUUACAGACCAUUGAACCACAGCUGCUAGUCUCAUCCGACCUAUUGAUUCCUACGCCUGAUUCAAGCUUUACUACGCCGGAAAUAAGCAUUCCGGCAUUAGAUGUAAUCCCGGUUCACCACACGGCACCGGAAGUAGCGGAUGCUGGUUUUGAUGACGAUUUUAAUAUUGAAGCAGAUAUGUUUCAAAGAGGGCCUGGACAUGCUAAACAUGCAAUUUAUGAUGAGAAACCCCCAACUUCAGAAACAACGUUAUCAAAAACUGUGACAGAAUUCAAUUCGAUUGAAAACAGCGCUUCAAAAAAACAGGAUAGCUUGGCUGGUGCACCGAUUACGGCUGUUCAUGAAGUAGUGUUAGAUGAAGUAGCAGCAAUGCACGCUUCCUCUAAAACCUCGGAGGUAUCUGAACAAGGUAUAACAAUUAAAGAAGAUUUCCGUAGCGAAGAUGAAGCACUAUCCCCAUCUCUUGAAAUGCUUAGUGAUUGUGUCAACGGUGUAGUUUUGUCAGAUAUGGCACCGGACGUGUCACUGGACGAUAAUUUCAGUCAGGCGUUACCACAACAAGCUAGUUCGUGUGAAAGUUUAGCAAAUGAUCUUGUUUCACUGUCCAAUUCGUCUUCAACAGAUUCAAACGCAGAGAAAGCGACGCAAGGAACAACUCUGCAGACAUGUGAAGUCCAAACAGAUAAUAGUGAAGUUCAAACAUCUGCCAAACCAAACGAAAACCAGUUUGUUAGCGCUGAGGAUUUAAAGCAAGCUUUAGAAAGUGUCAAGGUUCUAUCAGCAGAAAUUUCCACGGUAGCCGAAACUCAACUUAUUACUAAAAAUGAGAAAGUCAACGAAAAGAGCGCCAAGUCGAAAAAGAGCAAACAAAAGAAGAACAAGAAAACAAAGAGUAAAAUGACCAUGAAUAUACAGAGCAUCGAGGCUGAAGCGUAUUCCUUGUUUGAACUCGCUAAGUCAGUUUUAUCGCAAGCACGUAACAGUUCGGUGUUUUCGGAAGCAGACGAAAUCCACGUAAACAAUUUGAUCAACAGAAGACUUCAACUGGCAGCUUUUCAAAUAGGACUGUUCGCGUUGAACCUUCACAACUACAGUUCACCGAAUUGGUUUUCUCGCACGUAUUCCAGCUAUGUGUCGUGGAUCGAUAAUCAGACGAUAGAUAUCGGUGCAUCAGCGCUACGCGUGUUAAACGAGAAAUGGGAGGGGACACUGACACCGUCAGAGUCGAUUCAAAUCGCAAGCCGAGCAUCUCGAGCUGGUGAUACGCUUUUAAAACGAACAGCUGCUGAGUUGGCGCUGUCCUGUUUAGUUUACUCGCAGAGUUUAAGUCCGAAUGAGAUCACGCAAACGAUCACGAUGUGUCGCGAACAGGACCUGCAAAUGUUAGAGAGGGCAUGCUCUGCUGUGGAGAACGCAGGGCGAAACGGUGGAGUGCAACCGGAAUUGUUUUUCCGUAUAUCGCGAGAAUGGCAUUACAUUCACGAUCAAACGAGAACUCGCGAUGAAGCAACCGAAAGGAAUGAGAGUACUCGUCCCAGAAACCCAAGGCCAGUUUUGCAGCACAACCAAAACACUCGUUCGGAGAAUGAAUCUCGCGUUUAUAUCACUCCCGAACAAUUUGUGCAAGAACAAAUGCACCAGAAAGCUCAAGAAAUGCUGGGACGAAGCCUACCCCGGUCUGCGCCUCAGGAUCAGUUUGCAUGGAUAUAUCCUCCUUAUUGUGGCUCGCUUCAUCACUGUCCGCUGCCACAACAAACUAUCCAUUCUCGUCGUACGCAAAAUAUCGACACAUUCACUUUACCAGUAUCGAAUUUUCCGGACGAGUUGAAUUUAGAUAUACCACGUUCCCUUCAAAAUGCUUAUCGUGUUGGAAUGCGAGCUUUAGAAGCGCUCACUCUUCGUAUGCCUGACGAUCGACCCACUAAAAAGUAUGCGUUAGCCCCUCCAUCAUCGGAGGACAUCCGCUGGUUGUGUGCCUUGUCGGCUUCGUUGGGCCCUGCUUACUUGAAGAACUUCUGUAAAGUGGUUUACAACGCGGUCACAAGUCCAUACUUACUUCACGAUUUAGCAUUAGAAGCAGCACGUCACUUCGCGAUGUUUAACCCUGCUCAAUUAGCCUCGUACCUACGCUCUCCGAGUGUCAGUCCAAUCGUGCAAAAGGCGUUAGCUAUGUACACGGAAUUGGUACAUCAUGACUUGGUCCUGCUUGGACCGCAAGGUUAUGCGGAUUUCGUGGACUUGUUGCGUCGCACACGCAGUGCGUUUUGCAUGGCGCCUGGUGGCAUGACGCGAUUUAACGAUAUCCUUGAUGUUGUGCGCAAGACGUAUCCGAAGAAGAGAGAGUUGUGGCAACUUAUUAUGAACGGGUUGUCGAAAGCUUGAUCUGUUUUUGGUACAAACAUUUUAUUUUUUAGUAAUUUUUUUUUUAUUUAUUUAUUUUUUUUUUUUUUUU